AUGCAGAAGCGGGACCAGAACAAGUCCGGUGGAUCGGGGGGCGGCUCAACAGCCCCAGCGCCUAAGAGAGGGCGCCCCUUCGGCAGCACAAGCGGCAGUGCCGCCGCCUCAUCUGCUGCAGAUUCUGCAGCACCGUCCACUCUCCUUGGUCCUUCACUUCAAGUUCACACCUCAUUCGCCGAUCAGAAUAACAAGAGAAUAGUAUUGGCACUUCAAAGUGGAUUAAAGAGCGAGUUAACAUGGGCACUCAACACUCUCACAUUGCUUUCUUUCAAAGAAAAAGAAGACAUGCGCAAAGACUCUCUCGCUAAAAUAUCUGGCUUGCUUGAUGCUCUUCUUCAAGUUAUAGAUGAUUGGCGGGAUAUUGCGCUUCCUAAAGAACUCCAGAAGACACGUAGGGUUAGAGCAUUAGGUGCUAAUUCCUUCGCUACAGGAUUUGGUAACGAGUAUGAGGCAUUAGGAUCAAAUGAUGGUGUCAAGCAAUCUGGAUUGACGGAUGCUUCAGUGCAGAAGAAUGCAGCCAAAGUUCGUCCUUCGGAGUGGUGGUGUGAUGAAGAUGGUUUGUUUAAUUUGGAUGAUGAAGGGAGGGCAGAGAAGCAGCAGUGUGCUGUGGCUGCUUCGAAUAUCAUACGCAAUUUUUCUUUCAUGCCUGAGAAUGAAGUUAUUAUGGCUGGAAAUCGGCAUUGCUUGGAAACAGUGUUCCAGUGUAUAGAGGAUCACAGUACUGAGGAUGAGGAACUUGUAACGAAUGCCCUCGAGACAAUUGUAAAUUUGGCCCCGCUGCUUGAUCUCCGAAUUUUUAGCUCAUCAAAGCCAUCUUACAUUAAAAUAACAGAGAAACGUGCAGUGCAAGCAAUCAUGGGGAUGCUGGGAUCUGCAGUUAAAGCCUGGCACUGUGCAGCUGCUGAAUUACUAGGGCGUUUGAUCAUAAAUCCUGACAAUGAACCUUUCCUUCUUCCAUUUUUCCCACAGAUACACAAGCGAUUAGUAGAUCUUAUGAGUUCACCUGCAAUUGAUGCCCAAGCAGCUGCUGUUGGCGCUCUUUAUAACCUUGCGGAAGUUAAUAUGGACUGCAGAUUGAAGCUUGCUAGUGAGAGAUGGGCAGUUGAUCGAUUGCUUAGAGUGAUUAGGGCGCCGCAUCCUGUACCAGAAGUUUGUCGGAAAGCCGCGAUGAUAUUGGAGAGUCUGGUCUCUGAGCCACAGAACAAGGCCUUGCUAUUGGCUUACGAGAAUGCAUUUGCUGAGAUUCUCUUCUCAGAUACAAGAUAUUCGGAUACAUUUGCCAGGAUAUUGUAUGAAUUGACAUCCAGACCGAGUAACAAAUUCACAGCAGCUCGUGGUGUUUGGGGAAUGUGA